CAAAACAAAACAGCUCUCUUGCCCACUUGGAACUCACUUAUGACAGCUGCUGAAAAAAAAAAAACAGGAAGUGAUUGGAAUGCUUUUACAGCUUCUCUGGACUGGGCUGCUUUACCGCCUGUCUCCUGAAAGCCGCUGGGCAAGGGGGAACCCAAUAUGGCAUCUUGCAUGAGAAGCUUGUUUUCUGACCACAGCAGAUACGUUGAAUCUUUCCGGAGGUUUCUAAACAAUUCCACGGAACACCAGUGCAUGCAGGAAUUCGUGGACAAGAAGCUGCCAGGCAUAAUAGCAAGGAUUGGUGAAACAAAAGCAGAAAUUAAGAUUCUGAGCAUAGGCGGAGGUGCAGGUGAAAUUGACCUUCAGAUUCUCUCCAAGGUCCAGGCUCAAUACCCAGGCAUCUGUAUCAACAAUGAAGUUGUUGAGCCAAGUGCUGAGCAAAUUGUCAAGUACAAAGAGCGUGUAGCCAAGACAUCAAACAUGGAGAAGGUAAAAUUUGCUUGGCACGAGGAGACGUCAUCUGAAUAUCAAAAGCGAAUGCUGCAAGAAGAACCUCAAAAGUGGGACUUUAUUCAUAUGAUUCAGAUGCUGUAUUAUGUAAAGGAUAUCCCAGCUACCCUGAGAUUCUUCCAUGGUCUCUUAGCUGCCAAUGCUAAGAUUCUCAUUAUUCUUGUGUCGGGAACUAGUGGCUGGGACAAGCUAUGGAAAAAGUAUGGAUCCCGUCUACCCAGGGAUGACCUCUGCCAGUAUGUCACUUCCUCUGAUCUCACUCAGAUCCUGGACGACCUGGGGAUUAAGUAUGAGUGUUAUGAUCUUUUGUCCACCAUGGACAUAACAGACUGCUUUGUUGAUGGCAAUGAAAAUGGAGACCUGCUUUGGGAUUUUUUGACAGAGACCUGUAACUUUAACAAAACAGCACCACCGGAUCUUAGAGCAGAAAUUAUGAAGGAUCUUCAAGAGCCUGAAUUUAGUGUUAAGAAAGAGGGGAAGGUACUUUUUAACAAUAAUCUAAGUUUUAUAGUGGUUGAAGCGUAACUAUAAGUCAUGAAUGUCCAGAAUUUAUAUUUUGAUCAAUUGUUUAUUACAUAUUGAUUUACUUAUCAAACACAUAUUUACAUACUACAGUUAAAAAUUAAUCUUAUAAUAAGGAUAUAUUCUCAUUUCUUAUAAAUGAAAUCUAUAAAUUUCCAAGACAUUCUUGGGCUUCCACCAGAAUCAUGUGGGCUACUUCCAGUUAUAGCUUGUCCAGUUAGAGUAAACACUACCUAACUGGAAACAUAUGGCUUGAGUUUCAUCGACUUACUGAUAAUAAAAUCUUUUCCAUUUUUUUAUUGUACUGGAAAUUCUUAGAAUAGAGAUAAAAUAUAUGCCAUCUAUAUUUUGAAUAACAGAAAAGUGACAUUUAUUGAUUCUAUCAUCACAAAAAGUAAAUGUAGUUCUACUUGUAAAGAAGUGUUUGUCUUUCUACUUUUCCUGUGAUAGUUUCUAUCAUACUUUUUAUUGGUGACAUAAUAAAAUUAGAGGCUGGUGGGAUGGUUGUUUCAGAGGACCUGGGUUCACUUUUCUGCAUGCGUGUCCUAUACCUCACAGCCAACUGUGAUGCCCGCUUUAGAAAAUCCGAUGCCAUAGUCUGGAGGCAUCAACACUUAUGUGAGCAUAUCCCUCCCACACACAUAAGAAUAAAAUAAAUCUUUAAAAAAUGACUACAAAA